CUCAUCACCGUCUAUCUCCCCCAAUUCUGACAAAAAAUUUGCUGUGAAUUUUCGGCAAAGAUGAAGAUGUUGAUCGAAGAAGAGUUGGAGUUCGAAGGUGAGAACAAGGUUGAAGAAAUCGUUGUGGAUGACACCGAAGAAAUUGAUAGUGAAGUUGAAGUUGAAGAAGACGACGGCGAAGACGACGACGAAGAUGAUGAUGACGCCGACGAAGAGGAGGAGGAAGAAGACGACGACGAUGAUGUGCAGGAGGUUUUCCAAAGCUCUGGUAGUGGUCCACCGGCUCAGCCGGUAGAAGCCGACGAUGACGACGAGGACGAGGACGAAGAGGAUGAAGACGAUGAUGGAGACGACGACGAUGAUGACGACGGAGAAGAUAGCGACGACGACGACGACGAUGAGGAAGGUGAACAAGAGGAGGAGGAUAUGGGGACCGAAUACUUGGUUCGACCCGUGGCUAACCCGGAAGAUGAAGAAGAUGCAAGUGAUUUUGAACCCGAAGAAAAUGGAGCGGAAGAAGAUGAAUUUGAAGAAGAAGAAGAAGAUGACGACGAACAAGGUGGAAAAACAGAAGCCCCACCUAAGCGGAAAAGGUCAACCAAAGAUGAUGAUGAAUCUGAUGAUGAUGAUGAUGGUGAUGACGAUGAUGAUGAUGAUAGACCAUCCAAGAGAUAGUUUGGUUUCUUGGGAUCUAUGAUGAUGAUGAUCAUGGAUACAUAGUUAUAUCUAUCAGGGUUUGCAUAGUGUCACAAUGGGGUUAUUUUUAGGAACAAAAAAACAAAAGAAAAGUUUGCUACUUUUUUUUAUGUUUAAUUUUAUGUAACUUUUAGAUGAUUUAGGACACUCCUAUGUUUUCCUUGAUGUGUAUCGUUGGAUAAUGUUUAGUGUUUUUUCUCACAUUUUAGCAAUGACUUUCUUUGUUCAUCAUAUUUGUAUUAUUAUUCUCGAUCUAAUUUUGUUGCGAUUUUUAUAUUUUCACAUCUACACAUGUUUGGAUAAAGUGUUUAAGAAUAUUUAGAAAAAUGGAAGUUUUUGGAUUUAAUAGGAAGUAUUUGAAAGUGUGAAGAACUAUUGGGUGGAUAGAUCUCAUCGAAUAAAGUAUUGAGGGUUUGUUUUUGACUUUUAACGUUUGAUACAAUUAAAAAUGUUUUUGAUGAAGAAAUCAGUAAAAAUGAAAUUUUGAAAAAUGAGGGACUAAAUUCGAAUUCGUGCUUAGUAUAUGGACCGUUUUUGUAAAUUUUAUUUUACAAAGAAUCAAAGCAAUUGCAAAAUUAAAAGUACCUUUGUAAUACAAAAAUCUCAUAUACAAAAUGAAAUUUGGGUUAAAAAAAGCUUAAAAAACACUUCUAUGUAAGGAAUAUGAGAUUUUACAGUUUUGCCCUUUGGAUACCGAAAGCCAAUUUGGGUUGUAUGGUAAUUCGACAUCCCACGUUAGCAAUGAAUCGAUAGUCCUUCACUAACGCAACGCGUCAUUGACUUAAUCACGCGUUCUUUCCAUUUUGCUUUAUUUAUUUAAGUUUUAAACGAAUUAUUUUUGUUUUGUAUUUUUCUAUUUG